CUUAUUUUGACUGCUGCAGAGGCGGAAAAGUUUUGCUCCGGGAUCCGCGUUUGCUCCGUAUAAUCCGUGUUGCAGGAAUCCGGGAAUUCUGCGCGAAAUGGCCUCAUCCGAUACCGGGGGCGUCAAGCCCAUGUCCAUCACGGGCCGGAUGGUCCGUGAGCGGGAGCGGCUGCUCGGCAUGAGCCCGGAAGAGCGGGCCUGGAGAGCGCAGUGGCUGAAGGAUCAGCAGUUAUCGCCGAACGAGCCGAGAUACGUUCCGGAAUACUGGAAAGAACGAUACAAUCCGAUCCGCCGUUUAUAUCGGGCUCCACUGGAUCUGGUCCAGAAAGCCCUUACCCCAGUAAUCGGACUGGAGUGGGCCCACGCUAUCCGGUUCUGGACCGGUAAGGUAGCAAUCACCGGUUUCGCUAUCCUGGCGACCGCGUACUACUUCAAAUACAACCAGAACGACUGGACUCGCAAGGGAGGCUGGCGAGUGAUCCGUUCGCGCGAAGCGGUCGUUCCCGGAGAUCCAGGAUACCCGAACUUCCCGAAGCGCGACUCUCCUUCAGAUUACGCUGCCAGAGGAUUCAAGCAGUCACCGAUCUAGGCUCUAGAUUCUUCAAUAUAAAAUCGGUUAAUGAAGUCGGUUGAUUUGUAUGUAGAUAAUAAACAGGAAAAUUACGAAUCAGUU